UUAUUACAUGCACUGCAUUCACUCCUUCCUUUUUUAAUACAAAUACUGGAUUGUUUUCCCAAACUUGCCAGCUUUCGCUUUCGCUUCAAACACCAUUCGAUCGGGUUGAAGAUUUGCAGCUCAGUUUCACACAGCUCACGGUUUUCGUUCUGUAGACAUUAUAUGAAACGAAAAUGAAAGUAGGCCUAAAUGCGUUUCACUGUUAUUGAUAUUGGCAGAAAUGCAAGGCUAAGUUUUCAUUCAGUUGCUGACUGGAGAAUCUCUUACACUGAUGUCAUUACAGGAACAGACAGUCGAAUGGAGAUUUACGAAUAUGACUUAUAUACAGCAGGAGCUGAAGGUCAAGACUCUAGAACAACUCUGAUUGACAUGAUGCAUCUAAACUUCACAACGGAUCGAACACACAGAUCAGACUUAAAGUUAGAAGAGGACAUCUAUACAGCUAGAGAUGAAAGUCCACAACCUUCAGCACCACUGGAUAUUGCCAAAUUUAUAAUCAAAGUGGAUGGGAGAGAACCAUUUCCAGACAGAUGGAGAGCAACAUUACAGAAAGCCCUUCAGAGCUGUUUGUCCAGACUGGAAGGAAAAGCAUCUGUCCAUCGCCUUAAACUCAUGGAUGAUCCAUCCUGUGCAGAGGUGCAGAUAACACCAUCAACAGCUCUAGAAGUGUUAAAAAAGCACACACCUAUAUCUUUAAAGUUUAAAGAUAAGGAAGGUAAAUUUAAGGAAGUGGCUGCACGGAUUUGUCUGGAUGAAGCACGUUCUGUGACUGUUCCACAAAAGUCCAUGCUAAAGGAGAACAGAGCUCCAUCAACAAAGGUGAUCGGCUCUGUGCAUAAUAUUGAGGACGCCACUGCAUCUAUUAGAGCUCCAAAUGAAGCUGAGACCAGUAACACUGAUAAAAUGACGCCUGAGACAUCAGCUGGAUUCACCCUCCCUCUCUAUCAGUUCUGGUACAUUCAUCACGCUUACAGAAAGGAGUUAGAACAAUUUGAGAAACAGCAUGGAGUCUCUAUUUGUGCAGAAGUGUCCGUCUCAAUCAAACAUAUGCAGAGAUCAAGCCCUGAUUCUGUGUCUAAAACCACUGCAGACUUUCAGACACUUGUUCAGAGAUGUACGGAUAGUUUUAGUGAUGCUGUCAUUAGUCAUAAUCACAUGGAUUCAGAUAUUGUGAAGCAGGCCCUUCGUCACAUCCAGUCAGAGGAGACAAAGAUGAUGUUCACCAUGUCUGCCAGUAACUGCCUGUUCUUUGGACCGAAUAAAUUUACAGACAUAAUUAAGAGAGAGGUAGAAGAAACGAGAGUGGAAGGCCAAUUCAAUGACAAGUCUUUAUUGGACAUGGACACAAAGGAUCUUCCAAUUCAACUUGAGAUGGACAAGGUUCAUUGGGAUCUAAUGAAACUUUCCUAUAAGGAGAAAUUAUCACAGCUUGAAACAAAGUAUGGAGUGUCAUUUCAUGAAGAAAAACAGCAGAAAAAAUUAACCAUUAAAGUUGAAGCUCAGUCCAAAGGAGUUCAACAUAUUAAUCUUGAAAGUCAUGCCAUCAGAGCUUUAACACAACUCUACCAGAAACUUGCAUCAGCCGCUGUCACCUGUGAACUCAGAAACCCUACAGACGAAACUCUUGUGGCCUCAACAGUACAGAAGCUUCAGCAGCAGCAUCAUCGUGUUGUUGCAGCAGAUGUAUUCAGUCCAUGGAGGCUUGUUGGACUGCCAGAGCACCUCGGUCCUGCCAUUGCUGAAAUUGAGAAGAUGUUUCAGAAGAGUGUGUUUCAUGACAAGAUGAAGAAAUUGAUCGGUUACUCAGGGGAUAUUCCUCACGCAAGAGGAAUCAAAUGGAAUCAGGUGAAAUAAGCCCAGGAGGUGAAAAAUGAACAACAAAGAAAAUCUCAGAUCAUCUUAGAUGUGUGCUUAACUUUUAGUCAUUGAGUUAUUUGUAUGAUUUAUGACUUCUGAUCGUUGAUUUACAUAUUUCUGUGAACUGUGUAUUCAUUCUUGACUUGAGUUUAGAACAGAGAUCUCCACUGUGCCUCAACAAGAAUAGAUGAUAUUCCUGUAAUAUUAAAAGGCUGAAAAACUGUGAUUAAUGCAGCACAAAUAAUCAUGUUAUACAUGUUUUUUUUUAUUUUUAUUUUUUUUAUUUUCUACUCUUCGUUCUUUAUGCUCAUCAUUGGAAGACACUUAGUUAAAGGAAAGGUAAAAAAAGUCUUGCAUUUAUUCUGUUAUUCUGUCAACCAUUUUUAGCUUUAAAAGAUUACAAUAAAUGUAAAUGUUCUUGUAACCAAAGCCUUUUUGAUGUAAUAAAUCGAUAUGUUAGAGCUUA